AACGUUAACGGACACAAACUCCUCCACCAUCUCUUCUCUUUCUCUGAUAUUUUCCCACACUUUCUCGCUCUUUCUCUCCCCCUUUCCCUCUCUUCCCUUCCGAGUUCUUCGUUCAUCGACGCGCGACGCCGUAGCCGGGGAAUUCGCUGGUGACGGCGGCCGGAAGGAAUUGGGUCGGGAGUCCCUCAAUCGCUUGCCGUCGCUUCUCGAACCGGCGAUGGCGAUCCUCAGCUACGUCUCGGUGACGGCCGCCGCGACGCCCGCCUCCCCGGACUCGCAGACGCCUCCCGCGCCGAACUCCCGGCCGACGAAGGUCAUACUCCCCAGGAAGAAGCCGAUGAAGUGGUCCACCGGGGUCGCUCCCGGCGAUUACGGAGGGCCCCCGACGACGACGAAGCUCCGGAAGUACUGGGGUGGCGAGAAGGAGGAUCCUCUUACCUCCGACGAGUUCAUCUGGAACAGGGACUUCGUGGGCCAGUUCAAGAAGAUGAUCCAGGAGGAGGAUGGCUCUUCUAUCGAAUCGUCGCCGGUUAAGGAAGAGCCUUCUGGCUUUUUGAGCUUGAACAGAGUAAUGACCCUUGACAGUCUAGAAGUUGAUUUGAGCGAAGAGCUCACAAGACCAAUAAAUACAGUGUCAAAACAGCCAGUUGUGGGUCCCGUGGAAGACAAAUCCAGCGCUUCACCCAAAUGGAGAUUGGCGCCAACACGUCGUGAGCAAGAGAAGUGGGAUAGAGCAAGUAAAGCUGCUACUGGGGGGAGUGAUGUCAUGUUCCGCGAGUUGAGGCGACCUCGAGGUGACCCAGAUGUAUUAGCUGCUCAGUCAAGGGAGCAAUACUAUAAGUUAAAGAAAAGAUUGCAAGUCUUCACUCUUGGUAUAGGUGGUGUCGGUCUUGUCUCAGCUUAUGUUUCUUAUUCUCCCGAAAUUGCUGCUAGCUUUGGUGUCGGCUUUCUUGGUUCCUUGGUUUACAUAAGGAUGCUUGGGAGCACUGUGGAUUCCAUGGCAGAUGGUGCUAGGGGGCUGAUGAAAGGUGCAGUUGGACAGCCGAGGCUUCUAGUUCCUGUUGUUUUAGUCAUGAUCUACAAUCGGUGGAAUGCGAUCCUUGUUCCAGAAUACGGAACAAUGCACUUGGAAUUGAUACCAAUGUUAGUCGGAUUUUUUACCUAUAAAAUUGCUACAUUUGUUCAAGCUGUUGAAGAGUCAGUCAGCACUCUCACGGAAAAUACCAAAUUCCCAGAUGGAUCCUCUUCUUAAGUAGAUGUUACAAAUCCAGAGCUGCUUUGGGGGGCCUUUUCUCUGCAGUUCCCAGUGACAGAACCUGGUUGGGAGAUCUCGGUUUGACUGCAGUAAUUCUUAUGGUAUGAUUUUGAUCGAGACCCUGCCCAAGGAGAGUGAACCGAGCUGCAGGGAGCAGGCUGGUGGAUCACACUUUUUAUCUCGCCAGACGGCAUGUCGUCAUUCUCUUGCGUGUAGCAGUUGUGAUCCAUAAAUGUAAAAAAAAAAAUUGUCAUUUAUCUGAUUGCGCGAACAACUAUUUUUUGUUGAUGAACCGAUUGUGCAAACAACUUGAUUGCCCCUCAUGCUAACGAACUUUGUUGGAAUUAGCCUGUGGUCUCCAACAUGAAGACACGAAUGCUUCAGUUUUUGCGAAUGUGGUGCAAUUUCUUGUCACUGUA